AAGAAAGAAAAGCUUUCGGUUUCGGACAGAAGCUUGAUAGAAAAAGUUACCCAAACAGGGGGAUGUGUUCAGUUCCUUGUGUGAGCAGAGCAGCAGAAAGAGAAAGUUCAAUCCCAUCACAUUCACAUGUCCAGUCCUGCAGCCUUGUAAUUCCUAAUUCACCGAAAAUUGCAUUUGCAUGGCAGCGAAAUUCGAGAAAUCGAAUGUGCAGGCAUCAUCAUCCUCCUCCUCCUCCUCCUCCUUCUCCUUCUCCGCCAAAGUGCAUCCUUCUGAACUGGAUCCCAACCACAACAACCACAACAACAACAACUCCUCCUCCUACUCUCUCGAGAAAUUCAAACUCUACGAAACCCGUCAGAGAUUUUACCUCAUCGGAAGCGAUCGGAACAAGAGGGUAUUCCGCGUCUUGAAGAUCGACCGUAGUGAGCCCUCUGAUCUCAACAUAAGUGAAGACCCAGUGCUCUAUUCCCCCAAAGAAAUCAAAAACUUGCUCCAGCGUAUCGAUGAAGGCAAUCGUGCCACCGGCGGCCUCACCCCUGUCGCUAAGGUCUACGGUAUUGCCGGUUGCAUCAAAUUUCUGGAGUCUUAUUAUCUGAUCCUCGUCACUAAGCGUCGCCAAAUUGGGAGUAUUUGUGGUCACGCCAUUUAUAGCAUUGAUGAGAGCCAGUUAAUCACAAUUCCUCAUGUCUCAGUUCAAACUGAUUUGGCACAUUCUAAAACUGAGCUAAGGUACAAGAAGCUUUUAUCCAGUGUUGAACUGACCAAAGAUUUUUUCUAUAGCUACACCUAUCCCAUCAUGCAAAGUUUGCAAAAAAAUGUGCAUUUUAUGGGUGAGCAAGGGAUGCCAUAUGACAACAUAUUUGUGUGGAAUGCUCAUCUAACAGAAGCAAUUAGAUCAAGAUGCAAUAACACUAUCUGGACGAUAGCUUUAGUUCAUGGGGAUUUUAAGCAGACGAGGCUAUCAAUUUUUGGGAGGGACUUCAGUGUUUCUCUGGUUUCAAGACGCUCUCGACAUUUUGCAGGGACACGGGAAGGACUGAAGGAGGAGGAGCAACAAACCAGUUACUUGAAAAGGGGAGUUAACGAUCGUGGAAGGGUUGCAAAUGAUGUUGAAACAGAACAGAUUGUCCUUGAUGAGGAAGUUGGGUCACGCAAGGGAAGAAUGAGUUCUGUUGUUCAGAUGCGUGGCUCAAUUCCCCUUUUCUGGUCGCAAGAAGCUUCAAGAUUUAGUCCUAAACCUGAUAUAAUCUUACAGAGAUAUGAUCCCACAUAUGAGGCAACCAGAUUGCAUUUUGAAGACCUGGCAGGGAGAUAUGGCAAUCCAAUUAUUGUUCUUAAUUUAAUAAAGGUUGUCUUUAAAUGCAUUUUUAAUGUCUUACAAUUAAAAGUCUUGUUUUCAAAUACAAGAAAUUGGAUUCUUCACGUGCAUGGGGCUUUGUUGGUGGUAUUGAUUCUAUUGAGUUAUUUUCAUAUUGGCCACACAAAAAAACUGGAGAAAUAAAAAAAUUUCAAAUUGGGGUCUUUAUUUCUUUUUUCUGAUGUUAGAUCUAAUACCUAGUGCAAUCUGCUACUUUUUCACCCUGUAAAAUUUCUUGUAUCAAUUUGUUUAUAGCAAAUUCAAGGAUUGGCAAACUCCCCAUCACUUUCUUUCCAACCAGCUGUGGUUGCGAAUUUGCAUCAAGGUACAGCUAAUGUAUAAUGACGGUUGAUGGAUUUUGAUAAAUUU